GCCGCCUCCGUCCGGGCUGCGGCCCCUGCCGGUUACAUAACUCGUUGCGGGCUCCGCGCGGCCCCACUUCCCGGCUCCCGGCGACCCCAGGAUGCGCUGAGCCCCACGGCGUCGUCCGCUGCCGCCGGCUCCCGCCCGAGGUGUGAAUGACAGAGGUGGUGCCAUCCAGUGCCCUCAGCGAGGUCAGUCUGCGUCUCCUCUGCCACGAUGACAUAGACACCGUGAAGCAUCUGUGCGGCGACUGGUUCCCCAUCGAGUACCCAGACUCAUGGUAUCGUGAUAUCACCUCCAACAAGAAGUUCUUUUCUCUUGCUGCCACCUACAGGGGCGCCAUUGUGGGCAUGAUAGUAGCUGAAAUAAAAAGUAGGACCAAGAUACACAAGGAGGAUGGAGAUAUUCUAGCCUCCAACUUCUCUGUUGACACACAAGUUGCGUACAUUCUAAGUCUGGGAGUAGUGAAGGAAUUCAGAAAGCACGGCAUAGGUUCCCUUUUACUUGAGAGUUUAAAGGAUCACAUAUCAACCACCGCCCAAGACCACUGCAAAGCCAUCUACCUACACGUCCUCACCACCAACAACACAGCAAUAAACUUCUACGAAAACAGAGACUUCAAGCAGCAUCACUAUCUCCCGUAUUACUACUCCAUCCGAGGGGUCCUCAAAGAUGGCUUCACCUACGUCCUCUACAUCAAUGGUGGCCACCCUCCCUGGACCAUCCUGGACUAUAUCCAGCAUCUGGGCUCUGCAAUAGCGAACCUGAGCCCCUGCUCCAUCCCACACAGGAUCUACCGCCAGGCCCACAGCCUGCUCUGCAGCUUCCUGCCGUGGUCCAGCAUCUCUACCAAGGGCGGCAUCGAGUACAGCCGGACCAUGUGACACCAGCCAGGCAGCCUCCACCAGGCCCAACCCCUCAGCACCCUGCAGAACCCACCUUCCCAGCCAUCUGAUCUUGGCUGUCCUUUGCAAAGGAGCUGCCAGCCACCUGCCAGGCCCGUUGGCCUGCCCCACCUGCAGGCCCGGUGCUACAUGGGCUCAGGAGCAGAGCGUCACGGGGUGCCCCCAGUUUCCGACAGGCUGUUCCAGCUCUCCUUCCCUCUCUGGAAACCUCCACCUCUGUUCCGUGCCCUGGUCCUGCCUCCAUGUGUACCCACCAGACCUAUGAGCUGGAGUGUGGCACCAGUCACUGUGGUCUGCUUCUUCUGCUGCCCCAGGAACAAGAGGACUGGAAGGGACGUUCCUCUUCGCCCCCUUACCAUCCUCUUCCCCUCCACUGCCUGUUCCUUCCAGCUCCUUCCUCCAAAGCCAGAAUGAACUUCUGCUGGCAAGGAGGAACCCAAGUGUUAUGGACAGACUUGACCCUAAAGACACAGGAACCUCAGAAUAACGAGGGGGUGAAUUAAAGGGAAUGCCAGACCCUUGUCCAGAACCAGCCCGAAGAAGCCAGGGUCGGGGAGGAGCAGCCCCCACCGCUCCACGAAGGACUGGCACGUGGUGGGCAGAGCAAGGAGGCUUUUCAUCCAAGCUCAGAGCUCUGGGGCUUAGCUCCCUGUUGAGGAUGGUCAGAUAACGCGACAGUUCCCCACUCUUCACUGGGAGGCUGAGUCCCCCAGCAGCCUCCCACUAUGGGCUGCGUACUGCCCUGGACAGCGCAGAACUGCUCAUCGGAUCGGGGCUGCUCCAUUCAGCUGAACUGCCACAGGGAGCAAGGCUGAGGACAGGGGCUGGUGAGCUUCCCUGGGGUCCUCUUCCCCCAGCCUCCCAACUCCCCCUGAGCUGCAGCUCCGAGGCCUGGCCACAUGCAGACAGGAGGAAGCUGAGUGUGAUCAAGUGGGGCCUGGCCUUUGGGGCUGGAGGCAGUCACGUGCCUUGUGAUCCCUCAGCCCCUCGGGGCAGAGGCAGGAGAGGCUGUGAGUGCUGGGAAAUGUGCGUGUGGGCAUCACUUGCUUCUGGCAUCCCUUCCACCCUCAUCCCCCAAAGCUGCUUGCUGCCUACCCUGCCCUCCAGAGUCGAGGGGGUGGCGCAGAGUCAUGCCCAGCGUUGCUGCAGGUUCACAGAGCCAUUGCCACAGUGCACCAGCCUGAGAGCAGGAGAAGGGGGAACAGCCCAGGCAGGGGGCCUCGGUGACUGGUAUCCUUCCCUCCCUCAGAACGGCCCAGCACAGGGCUCCUCUGGCCUCACGGUUCUCGAGAUGAAGCUGAGUCCCGGGCAGGAAAAGCAUUCCUCCCUCAGCCGCUGACUGGUCCCCACCUCUGCGCUGAUGUUGGCAUCGUGCUGAGGCCCAGAUCGGUGUCCUCUUCAAUCUGAAUCAACGAUGAUCAUGUGAUUUUUAUUUCUGCCCCGCGGGGUAAGGGAAGAGUCUUCCAGAAGGUUCUGCCUUGGACAUUCAUAAUUCAGCUCAGAGGCUUCACCCUGCCCCUCCCUCCCUGCCUCCUAAUCACUGCAGUAUCCAGCCCCAUGUUGAAUGGAUUGUAGUGUUUUGUCUCAUUACAAACAAAUAAACAGACUUCCAUUGGUCACA